AUGAGCUCCUCUUGGUGGUCGAACUUCCCACCUGUCAAUCCCACUCCCAAGCCAGGUCGACAAUCUAAGCCUGAUAUGCCAUUGUGCAAACACCAGCUUUUGAAGUCGUCGUGGCUGCUGAGAAACCGACAGAAGAGCCGUGCCGUUGCAUCUCGGGAAUACUUUUCGAGCGCCUUGAACCAAUGGAGGCCCUCUUCCUGGAGCGGCUGGCGUCGCGGUGGCACGACUUCAGCGACUACACGACUGAGAGACUUGACGUUUCGUACGGACCUCUCCAAGGCUCCCGUGCUGCUCUUUCUUCCGACGCAAUUGCUAACUGUACCCGACAUUCACAGAACAACAACCCUCCAGAUCGGGUGCGCCAUAACCGCCAUCCUCAUCUCCUCCAUCGUAACGCGCCUCCUCGUCCGCGCCCACGCCAACUCGACCCCCCGACCCAUUCGAUACCGCGUGCCUCCCGCCAAACUCCCCGAGACCAGGACGACGGUUGAGCAAACCAGCAUCAGAAUCCCCGGGACCUCGGCCAUCCAAUGCUACGCCCCUGCCACGGGCCAAUUCCUCGGCCUCGUCAACCCCUCCACGCCAGACGGAAUCGACCGCGCCGUCGCCGCCGCGUCGGCCGCCCAGAGGACAUGGCGACAGACGUCGUUCCGCGAGCGCAGGGCCGUCCUCCGCUCCCUCAUGCAGUACGUCCUGGACAACGCCGAGGACAUUUGCAGAGUCGCAGGCCUCGACAGCGGCAAGACCAUGGUCGACGCGCAGCUGGGCGAGAUCCUCGUCACGGUCGAGAGGAUCCAGUGGACGCUGCUGCACGGCGAGAAGGCCCUGAGGCCCUCGCGACGGCCCACGAACCUCCUCAUGGCGUAUAAGCGCAACACGGUCCACUACGAGCCGCUGGGGGUGGUCUCGGCGCUCGUGUCCUGGAACUACCCCUUCCACAACAUGAUGGGCCCCGUCAUCAGCGCCCUGUUCGCCGGCAACGGCAUCGUCGUCAAGGUCUCGGAGCAAACGGCCUGGUCGAGCGCCCACUUCGCAGAGAUUGCCCGCGGGGCGCUGGCCGCCCACGGCCACGACGCCGGCCUCGUCCAGACCGUCGCCUGCUGGCCCCAGACCGCAGGGCACCUGACCUCGCACCCGGGCAUAAGCCACGUCACCUUCAUCGGCUCGCAAUCGGUCGCGCACCACGUCGCCGCCAGCGCGGCGAGGAGCCUGACGCCCGUCGUGGCCGAGCUGGGCGGCAAGGACCCCUUCGUCGUGCUCGACUCGGCCGCCAGGGACCUCGCGCGGAUAGCAGAGGUCGUCCUGAGGGGCACCUUCCAGGCCGCCGGCCAGAACUGCAUCGGCAUCGAGCGCGUCAUCGCGGCAGGCCGCGUCUACGACAGGCUCGUCGACAUGUUGGCGCCCCGCGUCAGGGCCCUCCGCCUCGGCCCCGACGCCGACGUCGGCGCCAUGAUAUCGGACGCCUCGUUCGACAGGCUGGAGGAGCUCAUCGCCGAGGCCGUCUCGCAAGGGGCCCGGCUCCUCGCCGGCGGCAAGCGGUACGACCACCCCGAUUACCCCAGCGGGCACUACUUCCAGCCCACACUCCUCGUGGACGUCACCACCGACAUGCGCAUCGCCCAGCAUGAGUGCUUCGCCCCCGUUUUGACCAUGUUGAGAGCCAAGUCCUCCUCGGCAGAGGACAUGCUCGCCGUCGCAAACGCACCCAACUUCGGCCUCGGCGCUUCCGUUCACGGCUCUGAACGCGAUCCCGCCAUGGGCCCCAUUGUCCGUGGCCUCAAGGCAGGCAUGGUUGCCGUCAACGACUUUGCCGCUUACUAUGCCGUCCAACUUCCCUUUGGUGGAGUUGCUGGCUCUGGGUACGGCCGAUUCGCAGGUGAGGAAGGGCUCAGGGGCCUGUGUAAUGUCAAGAGCGUCUGCGAGGAUCGCUUUUGGUGGAUGGGUAUUCGGACGGGCAUUCCCCCCCCCGUGCAGUAUCCUGUGCCUAGUCAGAAAAAGGGCUGGGCAUUCACCCAAGGGGUUGUAGAGGUUGGUUAUGGAGACGGACCGAGAAAAAUAAAGGGUUUGGGGAAGAUACUGGGAAAUAUGUAA